AUGUCACGCACUCUGCGGCGACAUCGUUGGGCUGCACCCGCUCUAGCGACCGGUAGUAUCAUAGCCCUGGGCGCGCUUGCAUGGUCAUGGGCUUCGAAAUCAAACUCGAAAGAAGACUCUCCCUCACGCACCCGACGUGCUGUAAAGCCAGUACUAUGUAUAUCUUUUGCAUACGAUGAUGCAUGGUCAGAACAGUUGAAGCAUGCACCGGAAAUAAUCGAUAAUUUCCUGCGUUCUCUUGAAAGCAAGUUUAACGUGUAUGUCAUUGUACAUGCACCAGAUGGCGUUUCGCCACCUCUACAUUCUGAGCGAAUUCUUCUCUAUUCUAAAGCCCAAGGCCGGGCCAUGCUAGCCCGUGCAUUGUUGCCUCAGUGCCACGUCGAAUGUGUAUUCACUGAAAAACACGGGAAAGUGGCCUGGGAUGUGAAUGACGACAUGACCGCGUAUCUUGCAAGACUUAACCAGCUAGCACAAGUCGUGGACAAGAUGGUUGUAGUCGUGAUCCCAUGCGCUUCGGCUAAGGUGUCAAGCUCUCCUAUCAUGCUCGCUGAUUUACAAAGAGCCUUCAAAAAACAUGCUAUAUCACAACAUACGUGCAUUCAAUGGCUGUACACAUCAUCUUGGGAUGCUUGGGACGAUGUGAAGCGACUUCUAGAUGAUCUUCGGGAACAAACAUGGAUAUAA